UUUAUCUGCUGAAAGGUCUAUAGAUUGUUCUAUAGAACUGGGCAUUCUAUAGAAUGUCUAACAGAAAUUCUAUAGACAUUAUCCUUUAUCUGCUGAAAGUUCUAUAGAUUGUUCCAUGGAAUAAAAUUCUAUAAAAUGGCAGCAGCGCUAUCACCAUAGCAUUGAUUAAUCUCAUUAAGUUGAUUCACCAGACUUGAGCUUGUUUUUUGAACAAUGCAGGAUGUCUCCCUCAAUUAUGAAAAUGUUAAUUUUGUAUCAUUCAAAAUUGUGAGGUGUCAUUUCAAGGCGGACACCCAGAACUUCGGCAGACUUUAUUUUUAAAAGUAUAUUUAUUCCAAUAAAUCAAUUUAUUGUUAUUUUUAGAGUUUUUGAGUUAUCUAUAAGUAAAAAGUGUGAAUAUUUUCGUAACUUACUUUUUUAUGUGAUAAAAUUAAUUUUAUUGGACUUCCAACAUAAAUUGAUUUAGCAAAACUCAGUUCAAAGGUUUAAAUCAGACCUAAAACGUCAGGACCCGCCCACGUACCUGCAUGCAGCUGUGGAAGAACAAGCCCAGACACGUUUCUUCACGGAGCCCAAUAGGAAAACACUUUACCGAACUCAUGUUUAGGGUCUUCUAGGCGCGAUGCGAGACGUCACAAGCGGGCUAACGUUGAGCCAAACAGCAGCUUCGAGGCACGGGCGGAAAUGAGAAGGAGUUUGGCCCCCAGUCAGGUCGCCAAACGGAAGCAAGGGGAGGAUGAUCAUCGAGACGAAAUAUAUUAUAUUAACCACGAGCGGUUCUCGAGAGAAGAUGAAUGGAGAAAAUUGGGACAGUGAUGAAGAAGUCCAAGUUCCAUGGCCACUCAACAAAGCAGGAGGAAGGAAGCAGUCACAAACCAAAUACGUGGCAAGAAUUCUGAGAUUUGGUGAAGACACACGUGAACUGACGCCAUAUUUGAAAGCCGCUCAGGAUGGCAAGGAUGUACCCCUUACUGGUGAUUUGGAAUAUGGCAGAGGCAAGAGAAACAAACAGCCAAAGUCUUGGUCAUCAGACAGUGAGAGCAAGGAUGAAAGUGUUGAGGAGACUCUAUCUGACAGACAGCAGAAGAAAAAGAGGAAAGUAAGCCGUACAGCUGUGGGAUAUGAUGCUCGGGCACAAUUGAAGGCCCAACUUGCUGCUCUGGGAAGAACUUCACCGAAAGAUACAUGUACAGAAAUGGAAUCCCUGAAGAAGGAAGUCCUCCAGUUGAGAGAGGAAAACAAAUCCCUUCGAGAUGCAUUGAGGGUUGUUGAAGGACUUCCUGGCCUGCUAAUGAAGAUGGACGACUUAUCACGUCAGGCAACAAUACUAUCAGCUCGACGUCCUGCUGUCGCUCUGCCAGAGAGGAGCUGGCCAACAGCAGCUUGACAGGAAAAAAAUCCAAUGCUUUUAAGGAUAAGCAUGAGAAACCAAAACUGGAUGACAAGAAAGUGUCUGCUAUUAUUGAUUUUGUGAAGAAGCUCCAUCCCUCAAGUGAAGCAAAUGUGAUAAAGAAAAUAAUUGGAGUGAAACUGAACAUUGCGCAGAAAAUGGGAAAAAAAGAAGGCCUCAGAAACAAAUUCUGCUGGACGUCUAGCCGUCUCUAACAGUCGGGGAAGCGCGGUGAUCAUGUUGAUUUAUGCUGCUGACAUUUAUUUAUUACGUCAAGAUUUGAGUUACAUGUAUAUAAUAAAUACAAGUCAACAUUCAUUCAACUGCAAUAUUUGUCUUUCUCCAUUGCCAGUGUUAGACCACAGAUUUUGUAGAAUGCCUGCCCAAUCAUUUCUACAUCAUUCUGAACCGUAUUCCACAGAAAGCCAUUCCAUAGGAGCCUGUUCUAUAGAACUACUCUUUAGAACUUUCUUCUAUAGCACUAUUCUUUAGAGGAGAUCUAUAGAACCAUUCUUUAGAACCCUGUUCUAUAGAACCAUUCUUUAGAACCCUGUUCUAUAGAACCAUUCUUUAGAAUCCUGUUCUAUAGAACUUCGGUCCUAAAGUUCAUUAGAAAUUCU